UUAUUUUCAUUUUUUCGCAUUGUUAUUCCGUUUCAGACUGAUGCUUUAAUACGAUUAUUGCCAUUGAUUGGCUCCUCAAGUAUCAGCACUGCUUGUCUAGUUGGCAUUACAGGUGUUUUGGCCCCGUUACUUGAGGAGACGGUGUUUCGAGGUUUUUUUAUGGUAUCCUUGACUAAGUGGUUUCCAACGCCAGUUUCAGUUCUUCUCAGUGCUGCAGUUUUUGCUCUUGCACACCUCACUCCUGGAGAGUUUCCUCAGUUAUUUGUGCUCGGUAAGUUUGAAUGGUUUGGUUUUAAGUUUUUCUUAUAUAGAGAUUAG